CAAAACCUCAGAUAGAAAUCCAGCUCAGUCAUGACUUCCCCACCCCUCCUCUCCGUCAUGCCUGCCCUUGUGACUCAACAUGUGGACAUGAGGUUUCAAUUUCACAACCACUAAUUGAACGCAACCUUUAAUAAAAAAAAAGCAUGAAAUACGAAAAGCUUUUUUAAAAGCCAUAUCGUCCUUCUCCCUGGCAAUAGAGCAACAGUGACCUUUGGGUUGCUUUGAGGAAUGUCAUCUCUCCGCCUGUCUCUCCCCGCUCUCGCUGCUGUCUCCACCUGUCCCUCCUGUCAGCUGUUAAGCAGCGCGAACAAAGAGCGCUGCGGUGAGACGGCCAGAGCCCUGCCUCCCCUCCCACUGUGCAUAAUGAGUGUUUAAACCAUCAGGUCCCCAGGGUUGGCCCUGCACUGCAUACACAGCUGCCCUGUCAUGCCAGUCGAGCGAGGAGGAUGAAUGAAGGGGGAGGGAGGAAGAGAGAGAGAGAGUGUGCCUAUGAAAACAGGGAGGAAGGGUGUUUGUGUCUGAGGGGGGGAUGUUAGUAGGAGAGACACUGAGUGAGCAAGAGAGUAACCCCCCCCCAACCACAUGACACACACACACACUCCACCUACCACAUGACUCUAUCCCAUGCUGGCUAAGAAGAGCGGAACAGAAGCUCAGACUGUCAGUAGAGUAGAGAUGAGCUGGACUAAACUUCACUGCAAGGUCUCUAUCACAACACAGGAGUUCAACCCAAACUGAUGUUGAUUUCUUUACUCAAUCUGCCUAAGUGGAUCCUAGACAGCAGUGGGUGGAAGAGCACCAGACAGUGAAAAGGGGUUUGGAGAAGAGAGCGUUGGGGGAGAGGAAACACCCCCAGGCCUAAAUCCAUCAAAAUCAGCAUCUUGCCUCCAGACUCUGUCCUCAAUCUCUUCCUAAAGCAGGUGCUUUUAAACGGGUCAUCCGUAACCACUAAACCUCCCAAAACAGACUGCUGGAUCAAAAAGAAGCUGAGCUACAGUUCAUCCAUCUGGAUCCUGCACCAUUGAGCCCCCUCACACCAGGAGUCUGUAAGGGAAACGGCCCUGUCAGUCAGCUUCAGACGCUUCAUUUCCCUCCUCUGCACCUUGCCUGUGUGCUUUCCUCCUCUUGUCCCCUACUUGACACCCCCCUUGUCUGCGAGCCUCUUAAACGGCAAUCACCAUGGUGUUGUGCGAGGAGCGUGAGUGCAGCGUGUGCUACAGGCCGUACUCCCGCAGCGGACGCAUUCCCAGGGUGCUCCACUGCCGCCACACCUUCUGCGUCCCCUGCCUGGAGGCCAUGUCCGUGCCCAAGAGUGGCCUGCUGACCGUGCGCUGCCCGCUCUGUCGCCAGAUGACGUGCGUGGGCGGCGGGCACAAACUGCAGGAGGUUCUGUGGGUCAACAGCCGCAUCUGGGACCAGAUAUCGGAUCUCGACAUCGAAGAGGAGGAGGACGAGGAGGAGAGGGAAAGAAAGGAGGCGGUGGUGGAAGCAGAGGAGAAUGCAGAAGAUGGUGUGAGAGAGGACACGGAGGGAGAGGAGGAGAGGGCAGAGGGAGCAUCAGGCCCAGCAGAAUGCCCCGUCUCAACGCACUACCGGCCCCGCAUCAGACUGCCAUCAUUCCUGAGGAAGCUCAGCUUUGUCAAACAGUCCAAGGAGAGGAUCAUGCCUGGCUCCAAUGUUGAAAUGAAGUCGUGGCGGAGGCUAUCGACGGAAGAUAUGAUAUAAAGCUUGGGAGGAGGGGCCAUGGCUAACGGCUCUCUCAAAUGGUAGAGCUGCCAAUCAUCACGAGCUGUGUGGCGGUUUGUUUUCCCAACAGUCGUCAAAAGAAGACUGCCAGCCGCAGGAUUAUCCGAGGGAUCGGGAGCCAAACAUUGUAAACACUGGACAAACAUUUUGAGUGACUCAGACUGCCACGUGUCUGCAAGACUCUGUGUGUGUGUGUGUGUGUGUGUGUGUGUGUGUGUGUGUGUGUGUGUGUGUGUGUGUGUGUGUGUGUGUGUGUGUGUGUGUGUGUGUGUGUGUGUGUGUGUGUGUGAGUGUUUGUGGGUUCGUCUGUGAAGGGGAGAUGCAUCAUUGAAUACUGCUUGCACCCAUUAUCUGUGUGGGGACUCUCUCAUUAGAUAUUCUACCCCUAAUCCAUGACAGCUGCUGCAGUGGGAUUGAGAUCAGCUGUCCUAACAGACUGAGCAAGAAAAAUGAGAGAGGUAGACAGACAGAGCGAGCAAGAGAGAGAGUGAUAGAGAAAAAAGAAAGGGACAAAGAGAGAGAGCGAGAGAAAGAAACGGUGUCCUAGACAAAACUCUGGCUCUCCUUGACAGAUGGCCUCUAAGGAAACGGACACCCCCUCCCCUUUAACCUCCUUUGGGUGGCAUAAUAACACUCUAGGAUACUGAGCCUUUAACUUAUUAUAAGCUUUUGUAUUUAUCACAAUUAUAAAUUAUUUUAAAUUAAAAAAAUUCAAAUCAAA